CAAUGGGUAGAUUUCAAAAAUUUUGUUUGGGAUAAUUUUUUAUUACGUUCCAACAGAAACCCUACACCAAAUAACCCUCAAAAAUAUGUCAAUAUUACUUUUGAAUAUAUAGUACAAAGUAUUCAAUCAGCUAUUAACGCAAUUGGUUUUCCUAUAAUUAAACAUAAUCAUCAUCAAUACGAAAUGUCGUACAAAAUUAGGAUAUUAGAAAAUGAUCAACAUUAUAUUACACGUUUAAUUAGAAGUUUAAAUAGAUAUUUUACACCACAAACUUCUAACAUUUACAUCUCAAUGAACUUUUGGAACGGACACAAAAAAUUAAAUCGAUUGAAAAGAAUUUGUUCUAAUAUAGAUCCUUUAAGUCUCGAGCUUACAGCAGCUAAUUUUAUUUGGUCACCUUAUUUAACUUCAUCUCAUUACGAGGCGUCUUUAAAAAUAUUAUUAAAAAUCAAAAAUUAUAUAGAUGCUCAAUUACAAGAAGAAACCAGUAAUUUCCAACGUAACAAGAUAGAAAAAUUUAUAAAUAGAAGGGAUAAUGACUUACGUUCAAACCAAAAACGUAUGCUCACUUCAAUACUUGAUCGUGUUCCUGAAAAGAUAAAAUUAGAUAGAUUAGUCUUUAAGGACGAUACUGACACGCUUACUUUUACGACAGAUAAAGAUGAAAUUGAAUCAAUAGCUAUUGAUCAUUAUAGUAAUAUAGGUAAAGUAGAUAAGUCACCAUUGGCAUAUGACCCAUCUAUACCCUUGAGAGAAGAAUGGAGCUCUGUUUACGAACCUAUAUCAGGUAUUCCUGAUGACGCUAAAAAACGUUUAAAUGAUUUGAUUACUUUGGAAGAGUUACAAUCAGAUAUUAAAGAUCUUCCAACAUCAAAAGCCGCUGGACCUAAUAAGAUUUCUUAUGAAAUCAUUAAACAAUUACCAUUACAACUUCUCAAUAUUCUAUUAUCUCUUUUCAAUUAUAUUUUAAUAAAUGAAGUAAUUCCUGAUCAAUUAAAAUUAGCUUUUUUGUAACCCAUCCCCAAACCCACAUGGUGGAAUUAUGAUAUUAAUCAUACACGCCCUAUAAUAUUACUAGAUUGUUUCAGAAAACUCCUGGUCAAAAUUAUUAAUUCUCGACUUAAUUAUUAUUUGAGUACUAAUAACAUACUUCAAUAUAAUAAUCAAGCUGGCGUACAAGGAGCAUCAUGUAAUGAGAUAAUCCUAUA